AUGGCUAUCAUUGAAGAGGUGCAAGAUGAAGAGGCGGCCCCUGCUAUCGCCACUCCAAGCAGGACUGAAAUGAUGAGCACGCUGCGAGCACUUUCGGCCAAAUUGCGUUUGCCCGAGGACCUCCUUCCGGGAUUUAUGGACGAUGAGGAUGAUGGUUCCAAUGCUGUAUACUGCCGCACGUGCAGAUCCGUACUGCAGGAUAUGGUCGCGUCAACGGAGAAUCCGGCAUGGGAGGAAACCGGACUGGAGGAACAAGGGGAGAUCUUUGGCGUGGUGACUAGACUAUACGGGGAGGACGGAUGGACCUCUGCAGAGAUCAGAACUUUGAUAGGAGACCUCGCACGCGACGUCGAUACCGCCCAACUCGCGCAGUACCUCCUCACCCACGCCCUCCGCCCUUACUUCUCCUCCACCCACCCCAUGCUCAACCCCUCCACCUCUCGUGCCCUCUCGAGGCCCGCUGGCGGUCCUGAGGCACUAUCAGACGCCCAAGACGCUGCGGCCGGAACCUGGAAAACUUACGCCGCAUGGGGAAACUACAAUAUCCUCGCGUGGUGCUGUGCCCAAAUUCCGCCGGCGGAUCUACCGGACAAGAUCGGUCUCGUCCUCCCUCCGACUCUGAUGAUGAUGGACGACUCGGACCCUGCGUGGCGUGGUCGAGGGGCAUGGGUGCUCAGCAAGUGGAUCGGGGGGAUUCCGACCUUGACGAUGAAGCGGAUGGGGAUGGACACGCUGCUCCUGAAAUCGCUCAUCCAUACGCUGUCACUGCAUUCGAUUACACCGCUGCCGCACGUCAUGCCACUCACGCUGGAGCUGAUUGGGCGAGCGAGCGAGGGGGAAAAGGAGGCGGAGCUGCUGAGCGAGGUGAUGGAUAAGGCGGUAUUGACGGGGUGGAUGUACGCGCCCAGCGGGGCGGAGGGGAGGGUGGUUCUCACGCAGGUCGCGAAGGAUCUGGAGCAAAUUUGUGGAGUGCUGGGAGCGGGCAUACUGAGGUGGAUGAAGUCUAUCAUACCAAACCUUCUCCAGCCCCUGGCUUAUCCGCCGACACCAGCCGUCUUAUCCCACUUCGAAGCCAACCUCUCUGCCCUCCUCUGCGUCAUGCGAGUCACCGCUCCUACCGGUCGAGUCCCGAGAUGGCGCGGACAGAUCCUCGAUGUCCUCUCGCGCCUCUGUAUUCAUCUCGACGAGAAGGAAAAGGAGGAUGCUGCGAUCUCGCGAGGGCAGCGGAAUAGAGUGUCCAUAUAUGGAGGAUUGAGGGGACGGGUGGAGGCGGUGUUCGCGCUACUCGCCGAGCUUUGCCCCUCGGUCAAGCAGGACGAGUUUGCCCGGUUGAUCAAGCUUGACCACUCUGUAUUCGAUCCCAUCGUUGGACGUACCAUCGUCGGGACGGGAGAAGGAGUGAGAGCAUGA